GAAAAAUACUAAAUUAUCACACAACAGAUUUCUUUUCCUUUUGUUUUGCCUUCAAAACCAUAAGUUGGCAACAUUGUGCCGGCACAUUGUUUCAUCCACUUAAAAUCGACUUGGGCUAUAAACGAUUAAUCCUAAAUCGAUUUUCUCAGCAUUUGGUUUGUUUUGCUUGCAAGUGUGGUUUCUCUCGUUACCGUAGAAAUAAAGAAUAAACAAUUUAAUUUUCGCAUAGUAAAAACUUCUAGAAAUUAAAUUUCUAAAGAAACCCCUUUGAGUGGAAUAGAUUGUAUAUACGAGAAUGAAAAUCGAAGAGGUAAAAAGCACCGUGCGGACACAACGCAUUUCCGCCCAUAGCCAUGUGAAAGGACUUGGUUUGAAUGCUGAAGGGGUACCAUUGCACAUGUCAGCUGGUUUGGUGGGGCAAAAGGCUGCACGAGAAGCUGCCGGCAUUGUGGUGGACUUAAUCAAAUCUAAAAAAAUGGCUGGGCGUGCUUUACUAUUGGCUGGGCCACCUGGCACCGGCAAAACAGCCAUUGCCUUGGCCAUAGCACAGGAGUUGGGCAAUAAGGUUCCCUUCUGUCCCAUGGUUGGUUCAGAGGUAUUUAGCAGUGAAAUAAAAAAGACCGAAGUUCUUAUGGAAAACUUUCGCCGUUCCAUUGGUUUGAGAAUACGCGAGACUAAGGAGGUCUAUGAAGGAGAAGUUACAGAAUUAACACCAGUGGAGACAGAAAAUCCCAUGGGUGGUUAUGGCAAAACCAUAAGUAAUGUGGUUAUAGGACUAAAGACUGCCAAGGGUACAAAACAAUUGAAGCUUGACCCUAGUAUCUUUGAAGCUUUGCAAAAGGAAAAGGUUGAGGUGGGAGAUGUUAUUUACAUUGAGGCCAAUAGUGGAGCUGUUAAACGUCAGGGACGUAGUGACACAUUUGCCACAGAGUUCGAUUUGGAGACCGAAGAAUAUGUUCCUUUGCCCAAGGGGGAUGUGCACAAAAAGAAAGAAGUAAUACAGGAUGUCACACUUCACGAUUUGGAUGUAGCCAAUGCCCGCCCCCAGGGGGGUCAAGAUGUCCUCUCCAUGAUGGGCCAGUUGAUGAAGCCAAAGAAAACUGAGAUUACGGAUAAAUUGCGCAUGGAAAUCAAUAAGGUGGUUAACAAAUACAUAGACCAAGGCAUUGCUGAGCUGGUACCAGGUGUAUUGUUCAUCGAUGAAAUACACAUGCUGGAUCUUGAGACUUUUACAUAUUUACACAAGUCUCUUGAGUCUCCUAUAGCACCAAUUGUAAUAUUCGCCACUAAUCGUGGACGCUGUGUUAUUCGUGGCACCAAUGAUAUAAUAUCCCCUCAUGGCAUUCCUUUGGAUUUACUAGAUCGCCUUCUUAUUAUACGCACUUUACCCUAUCACUCCAGUGAAAUGGAACAAAUCAUUAAAUUACGUGCUCAAACCGAAGGUCUGCAACUAGAGGAAGCUGCUUUUGCUCGCCUCAGUGAGAUAGGGAGUGCUUCAACAUUACGUUAUGCAGUGCAACUUUUAACUCCAGGACAUCAGAUGUGCAAAGUAAAUGGUCGCACAACAAUAACCAAGGAAGAUAUCGAAGAUGUGCAUGCUUUGUUCUUAGAUGCUAAACGUUCAUCAAAACAUCUAUCGGAAAAAAAUAAUAAGUUUAUGAUGUAAUCAACAUAUUAACUUAACACUUUAAUCUGAAAAUAAAAUAUAUUAUAGAAAUAAAAAAAACCGAAUUUAACAUAAGGUUUGCUUAAAAAUUUA